UAAUAUGUUACAACUUCAAUUUCAAUGUGUAAUAGAAACUAUUGUAUGUAACAGGACACCUGGCGUUCGUCCCGUCAGUGCCAAUUGUAAAAAUGGCGAUGUUGUGGGUGGUGGAUUCAAACACAGGCGCGAAAUAUAAGUUUGAAAACGGAAAACGAGAGAGCUUUCCUUUCACAGAUUUUUCAAGCGUUGUUGUCCUCUUUUCGUCUUCGGUCGAAUCUUACAUUCGACGCGAGAUGAAUUUUCCGUAUGACAAGCGCGUGCGAAGGAACAGGAAGAUCCAACGAAAUGUCGAACCUACGCGUGAUCGAUAGACUUGUAUGUGCGUGGAUAAUCAUGAUAAACACGUUGGCGUCGAGGUAGCUUUAUUUCUUAUUGUAUACGAGAAGAACGGCGAAACGUCGCUUGUUUUCGGAUGCAUCGAGAAAGCUGAGAAUUCGGAAGGAAGCAGCUAGAGUGCACGUUGGUAGCAGUGCACUUACAAAUGUUUGCCAUUCGCUGUGACUGCUGAGACGCAGUUGCGUGUUAAGAAGAGCUUUAUUUGAUUACCUGGACCGUGACGGCCCAGGCGCUUCGAUGAGAUCUCGGGAUCGCCGACGUAUAUUUUCAACGUGACCAUGGAAGCCCUCCUACCGUCUGAGAUCGCUAGAUUAAUUCUCGGUUAUUUAGAAGAUCAGAAGUGUACUGAAGCAGCCAAAUUGUUUUUAGAAACAUCUCCACACUUGCAAGAAUGUCGUGCAGUACUUUCUCAUGGCAGGAGAUUCAGCACCAGAGUCAACGGUUUAACGUUGAUUGAUAUUGUUGAAAAGUUUUCUGCCAUUAGUGCUAUGAUUCAAGAACGAUUAAGCAAGGCUACUGAUUGUGAGCAAUUAAAACACUGUGGGGAUCUAAUGGAACAACUCAAGUUUCUUGUUGAAGAGCCACGUGGUCAGCGAUUUGUUGUAAACAUAAAUGUACCUUCACAGAGUAAUGUACAAACAUCAAGUGGCUCACCUAUUACUGCAAGCAAUAUGCGCAAAAGACAUCACAGUAAUAGCGAACGGAAUAAACGCAAUAUUAGAAACCAAUUGAAUUCAGUACAACAAUCUGAUAUUAUGAGUCCGCCAGGAAGUUGCCACAAUGUUGACACAACCCCGUUAGAAAGUCUGCCUGGAAAUAUUGAUUUAAAGCAGAUGGAAUGUGUUGCUCAUACAGUUGAGAAGAGAGAUGACAAUUACACGCAGGAGUCUCACAGACAAUGUAAUUCUAAUAAAAAUAACAGUACAAAUGUUACCACACGUGAUAAAAAUAUAUAUAGUAGUACUCGAAUGAGUUUAGAUGAUGUCUCGAGUGUGCGAAGUUGCGAAAUGGACAUUGAUGAUAAAAGAAAGGAAGAAAGCGCAAGUAGCGCGUUACCUACACGAUAUACUACAGCCACAAGCACGGAGGAACUAUUAAGUUUCUCUAGUACAGAAGUACAAACUAUUCCUUAUGAAAUACCCGAGUCAGAGUCUGAAUCUAAUGACGAACCUAUUGAAAAUCUCAGUAUAUUGACAAAAGAAAUCUUGAAUCGUACAGAGUUACAAGAAUGUAUUGCAGAAAAUAUCAACAAAGCGAUCAUUCCUACGGAUCUAUCUUUCAAGGAUGAAAAUCUGAAUGAAUCCAUGGUUGGUGAAGGAAACACUUCGAUCAUGACUGAAUUAAAUAAUGCUAUUAAAUCGAUUGUUGAAGCAACGGAAUCUGAUCCUGUUUUUGAAAAGUUUCUUAAUGAGAUCAUUGGACCACAUACGGAAACGGAUACAAGUCCAGAGGAAGAUGGCGAAGGAAAACUAAGUCCAAAAUCGGUUAAUGAUCUACAGGAGAAACAAAUUGAAACAGUAGCAGACCGCGUUAGUUCACCUGAACCGAUAGUGACAGACAAAGUUGUCGCAGAAGAUGGUCUAGCGGAUGUGCCUUUGAAACAUAGGCUCCGUAGUUCUUCAAGACAACAGUACAAUAGACUUGAAGACGAAAUUGAGAAAGCGAGAGAUCAAGAAAAAGAUCAGAUUGCAUUGGAAGAUCAAAAUGCAGCCGCAGUGUUGAGUAUUAUAAAUGCUAAUAUUACUAAUAAUGUGCCUGAUAAUGAAAAAAGAAUUCUUGAUACGAAAGAAUUAAUAGCCUCAAAUGAUAAUAAUGGACAAAUAAUACAAACGAUCGCAUCUAUAGAAAACAAAGACGAUACAACUAUAAAGUCCUUAACCUCGGAAGACAUAGAUAAAGGUAAUAAUGUUAUACUACCUGCAAAUAACGUACAGUCUAAAGUUAAAAAGGCCACGGUAAAGCGACCACGACCUACAAAACCUAAACGCGAUCAAACGAUUAUCGAUAGACAGUCUAAUUCCAUUCAGCCUAACGCAAUUCAGCCCAUAACAGAACACGAAAUCAUGACUAUGCCAACGUUGAUAAUGUGUUCGAAAGAUGAGGUAAACAAUCUUUUUAUAAAUCGUUCAACUAUAACUUCGACUUCUACUUCGCGUUUUAUUCCGAUCGCUCCGAAAGAUCCAAAUAGAAUUGAAGAAACCGUGGAAACUCUAUUUUUAAGGACAGUAAAUGUAGCGCAAAAAGUACCAAUAGCCAAAACGCUGCCAGCUAUAAUAGAACCAAAUUCUACAAUCCAAGUAGGAUUAUUACAUUCAAAGAGGAAUAAUGGUGAUGUUAACAAACAAUUAAAAGUUGUACAUAAAACUGACGCGAUAGUACCAAUUAGUAUUGAUCAACAGAUAUUGAAUCCGAUAGAACCUACUCAAACAGGUAAGAUCGUUGGAAGCGAAUCGAUAACGCUUUAUAGUAAUGAAACCAAUGCUAAAACGUCAUUGGACAGCACCAAUAUGCCUACGAUUAACCUGGAGGAAAAUAUCAGUUUGUCGGGUAGUGGGUUUUCUCCGUAUUUAAAAUUUAAUUGUACUAAGACCAACCAAAGCCACAAUCUUUCAGAUAUUGAUUUGGCACCCGUGAUGGAAAAUGCGAGGAACACGACGGCAAAUAACAAUGAGCAAUUACCUAAAAACGUUGAUAAUGUUAUAACUAAACGCACACCAAAAUCCCUGUUAAAAAGUAGGUCCAAAAAUCAUAGAUUAAGCUUGUCUACGCCGCGCAAACGAAGCAGUCAUAUAAGAGCACUUGACUUUAGCACUCCUACGAGAACAACGAGUUCAACUAGAAAAACUAACGCAGAUGGAAACACCCCGUUUUCGUCCACAUCGACAAAACGUUUAAAGUCCGUCUGUAGGACUUCGUUAUUUAGAUCACCGUCAAUUUCUAAUACUUCCACUCAAAAGCAGAAGAGUCCGAUAAAAAUCUGUCAGUCUUAUAGAAUUCCCAUAGCUACUAGAAGUCCUGCGCCUAAACUCAUGGGUGGUUGGGACAAAUGUAAUGGCGUUGGCGUUAUUAUAGGUGAAGUGUCUCCACAUGGGAGUACUAGUGCGUCUUGUUCUUCUUCUGAGGAUAAAGUCAUUCAACGUAAGCCGUCUAAACCGCUUAUGGGCAGUUGGGAUGCUGAUUUACGCAAGUGUAUAGAGUCGAAUGGACAAGAUGAACCGCAAAAAUCGGAGAAGCCUACAAAAAAAAGAAAAAGUUCUAUAAAAGAUAAGAAUUGCGAGAUACGUAAAAAGAUUAAAUGUAAUUCAUCAACAAAAAGCAGUGAUGAAGAAAAAAAUUGCAAUAAUCCGAAAGUAAACAGAAAGUGUAAGCAUGAAGAUUACAAUGAACCGGAAGAGAAUUCUCAAGGAAACAACAGAAAAAUAACAGAACUGCAAAAUAACGGGAAAGAAAAUGUGAAAACUGCCGUUAUUAUUAUAGAUUCUACUACGAAUAAAUCAGAUAAAAUUUCAGAUUCAAUUAAUAUUCAUAAAACAGUUGCGAAAGUGAAUGCUACAACUAGCGAUGCGACAAUAGCCGAAAAAAAAACCUGUAAAAAAUAUGCACAAUUAAAGACAAUAUCGACUAAUUUGAAGAAACUCGAUAACGAAAGAGGAAAGACUGCGGAGGUCACGCAAAUCAAUUCGCAGACAUCUGAAAUCUCGAAAAUUUUAUCCGCUGACAGUACACAACAUAUCUUACGAAUGCCCGAUAUGAUAAACUUGGAAACACCUAGAAAAUUCGACAACAUAUCGGGACCUCCACCGACACCGAGAGUACUGAGUCCCAGUAGUAGUCUCAUUACACCGUUCAUCAAGGUCAGUGAAGACUCUACUAAAAUACGUAGUUUUAUCACCACGCCGGAAUUUCCGAUAACUCCGGGCGUAGCUAUAACUCCAAAAGAAGAGACGACUAGAGAUAUCAUAAAGAGAGGCGAAUACAAUUCCUCGUAUUAUAAACCCACCUCUGAGCAAGUCCAGAAUUCUGAGGAUUUAAAACCUAAAGAUAGCAGUACACAAGAAUCACCUAUCCUAUCUUCAUCGCAUAUAAAAUUACAUUCGAUGCACAAUAGUCUUGCUUCCGAUAAUACUUAUCAAACAUGUACCUCCUCUAAACUAGAAAUAACGGAAUUCGAAGUGAUUAAGGAGAAUUUACCGAGGGAAGAGGCUAUCAAGGAGUUCAAAAUUGCAUCUACGUCGAAAGAUUUAGUUAAUUCACCAGAACUCAACGCUGCUAUUGUAAUAGAUCGUCAAGUGGAUUUAAUAGAGAUAAACGAAUUUAAAGACAUAAAUGAGCAUUGCGAAACAGUAGUCGACGCCAAUGACUCGCACAAUUCUGUGGAGAGUAGUUCCUCAUCAUCCGAUACGUCAUCAUCUUCAUCGUCUUCAUCUACAUCCAGUAGUUCGAACACAAAUACAUCAACGAAUACAUGUUCACCAAAUGGAAAAUGCGAUAAAGGUCAAAGUAAAAUGAAUACAGACAGCAAUAGCGAUUUCGCAGAAAAAAAUCUUAAUGCACCGAAAAAUACAACCGAUGCAUUGAUGAAUAUACCAAACGAUGCUUGUAAACAAUCAAAUAACGCGUUGACCGAAAUGGAAUCUUCGCCGAGAAAAGUAUUCGCGAUCGCAAAAACAGACAAUGAAAUACAGAAUACGUUGAAGGAAACCCCCGCUAAAGAUGAGACUCUAUUAAACGAAGCUGAUAUUUCGGAAACGCCUAGUAGCUCAAAAAGCGGAGUAGAAUCUCUGACUAAUUUGACGACAAAGAUAUCGGCAAUUAUAACGGAAGAUGAAAAAUUAUCAAAACAGAGUAGCAAUAAAUUGCCGAUUAACAAAACGAAAGCGCUACCAAAGAUAAUAGAUAUACAAUGUAUUCAGCCAGGUUCAUCAAAAUUUAUCAUCGAGCCUUUAAAAUCGAUUAAACACGAGUGUCAAUCCGAGUGUGAGCCAAGCGCACCUGUGCACGAUAAAUUCAUGCAUAAGCAGUUACUAGAAGAAAAACGACAACGUAUUAUGGCAAAAAUCAGAGAUAAUUCAAAACUGAAUCUUCCUGCGACGAAUCGUAAACGUAUUUUAACAGGUAAAGUUGCUGACACUCUGAAGAAGUUUGGUAGAGGAAAACGAAUCAUACGUCCACCGGCGAGAUAUUCCAAAGAUGUUAAUAAAAAUAUAGAAUCACAGGAUAAUCGACAAGAAACUUUGAGAAAAAAUACGCGAAGAAAAUUUGAGUCACAAACACAAAGUCUUGCAAACAAAUGCAAUAAUGAAAAGAAGACAAAUCAAGCUAGUACAUCAAAAGAUACAGACUCUAACUUGACAAAUUAUAAAAAUAACAAUGACAAACCACUAGAUAAUAAUGUGAAGAAACAAUUACAUGAAAAUAAUAUUUGUGACGUGAAAGAUAAUCUUGAAAAUUGCAAGAAAGGUGAGUCUAUGCAAUCGCAUAAAAAUUCCUCAGAAAGUCAAGAACAUUUGAAAGAAAAAUUAAAUAUUGAAGAGAUUGAAAAAAAUUAUGAUAUUAAAAAUAAUAUCGAAAAAGAAGAAACAGGAGAAACACUUAAAAAUAAUAUAGAGCAAGAAAAAAUUUUGAAAGAAACAAAUUCGGAGAAACAUAUCGUUGUACAAGAAAUGUUAGCUUUGGAUAAACUACAACAAGAAAAUCGUGAUCAGACGGAAGAUAAAAUAAAUAAAUCAAGACAACCAAAUCAUAUCGAUGAAUCCGAAUCUUAUAAAAUAUUAAGAUAUAAGGUAGAUCAAGUAAAGCGCGAUUUAUUUAGUGAUGACGAAAAUGAUUAUAAAACAUCUUUGACCGUAAAUAUGAAAGAUAAUAACACCAAAUAUCCGCCAAUUAUCCCUGAUGUAGAAACUCAAAACUCUAAUCUUGUUCCUGGCAAGGAGAAUGUUAAUGUUGUUGAAAAUCCUAAAGAGGAGUUAUCGACCGUUCUUCAAUGUCUGCAAUUAGUACCGGCAUCCAAGAAGGAGCAUUCGCACAGUGAUAAAAAUCAAAAUGAAAAUCAAUACAAAGAGCAAAGACAACACGAAACCGGAAGUGAUAAUGAAUCGCAUCAAACGGUCCAAAGUCAUAAUUAUAAAGCCGAAUAUCAUUUCGUGUAUGACGAUACUGCACCAAUAAGGAAGAGAAGGAGAAGAUACAGCGGACAUGAAUUACAGAUUGAAAUCAAUUAUGCCGAUCUUUCGGAUCCAAAUCCCGUUGAGUGCAUCAAAAUAAUGAAAGCUACCGAAUUUGAAGAAAUAUUUAAUCUUCCACCAAAAUCUAAAAAACGGACAAUUAACAAAAAACCACGCGUAAAAAAUGAGAAAGUUUGCGAAACACCCAACAAACAGAUGGAUGCGUUUAAUUUAAAAGAUGAUGCCGCAAAGCCUUUGGCUACGUCAUCUCCUAUGGACGAGCCAUUAAAAGCUAAAACGAAGAAGAUAAUUAUUAAAACUGCUGCAACAAAUAAAACUAAUAAUAAUACGCAAUCUGAUACAAAGAAAAAGCAAAAACUGGAUAAGCAGGAAAAAGUAUCAGAUAUUACCAAAAAUCGAAAGAGAAAGUUGUCAGAAACAAAAGAAACAAAACAGGUUGAGAAGAAAUGCACGACUGAUCCACAAACAUUACUCAAUAAUCUAGAUGAAGUAGAUCUGAAUAAAUUCUUAACUACAGUUCAUGGACCUGAAUAAAUACUCUAUUGUAUAUAUGUAUAUAAA